GAAAAAGAAACAUUUCAUUAAUGCAUGUUUCAUUUACUUGCCCCAUUUUGAACUGUUACAUUCUCCCAUAAGCCGUGUAUCAUGUGUUUAAUAUUUUUCAGGUUUCAUGUCUGAUUUUGAACAUUAUUUUGCAAUAUGGCAAAGUAUAAAAUUAAACAGACCAGAAUUUGUGGAUAUACUUCCAUCCAAGUUUGAACCGGAAAAUAUUGUUCAAAAUAUGAGAGAAAUUUCAGAUUUUCCAUUAGAAGCCAGCUUGCACAAUGGCUUAGGGGGUGAACAAUAUGUUAUGACCAAUUUGAUUUCUAAAAAAGGGCAUCAAAUAGAUCAUGCUAUAUUAUUUAGAAAAGGGGGGUAUCCUAUGGCUGUCAAUAAUAAAGAAGGGGUCAAGUUUAUAGAAGAUAUAGAAGUUCAAGCAGACAACGAACUAUUAUUAAUAUUGGCGCUUCGACCUAUCCAAUAUACUAUAAAUACCAAAGUUUUAAGGGGGACCACAACUUUAGCAAUAAAAACAUUAGAACAUGAUGGGCAUAGUGUGCUUCCAGUAAAUUUAGAAAUAUGGGAAUCUUUAAAUGACUUUGAAAAAAUACCAUACCUUAUGCAACAUAUAAAAAAUAAAGUGGACAGCGACGUUUCCAUUUCGGAGAGUAAAAGUGUUGUGUAGUUACGAAUUUAUAUUAAUUUUUUAAUAUUUCGUUCAUUUCAAUUUCUAUGUAGAAUAUAAAUAAAAAGAAAACAAUUAUGUUGUUGUUUAAAACUG